CAGACACUUCAGAUAACACACCGUUUGGCUGGCAUGUUCCUGUUCGUCGGACCUUUCCGAAGUUCCGAUCUUUCCUCCAACUUCCGACACAUUCCUGACACCCGAAUCGCCAUCUCCCUCGCCACUGCCCGGACAAAUUUCGCUCCAUCAGCGAGCUUCGAUCCAAACUGCGCGAGAAUCGAAAUGGGUCGUCUUUGAAUUUACUAAAUUUUGCCAAGAAACAUGCUUUCUCCAGCUUCGCUCGAAUCGAACCAUUCCCUGCGCCAAAUCCGUACGUCUGCAGUUCCUUGCCUUUCCUUGCCACCCACUUCGAGUUCAAGAUUCGUCAUCCCCAUCUCAAGCAACAAUUCCCGGAAUUUCUUGUUCACUGCGACCAAAGGCAUCGACCCUCGAUUCAGCCACUUGCCCUUUUGCGCCAAGAUCGAUUACAGUCCGGUGGAAGACGAUGAAGCUGAGGAGGGUGAGGGAUUGGAUGAGGGCGAGUCUGUGAGCGGAGAUGGGGUUUUCAUAGAGAUUAAGGAGACUGGUAAUAAUUCGAGGAGGAUUCUGUCCAGGAUUGGCAUCGACGCAACCCUAGACACCAUUUGGAGCAUCUUGACUGAUUAUGAGAGAUUGUCGGAUUUUAUUCCCGGUCUUGCCGUUAGCGAAUUGAUGGAGAAAAGAGAGAAUUUCGCGAGGCUAUAUCAGAUUGGCCAGCAGAACUUGGCAUUUGGGCUAAAAUUUAAUGCUAAAGGAGUCGUAGAUUGCUAUGAGAAAGACCUUGAGUGUCUUCCUUCUGGAAGAAGGCGUGAUAUUGAAUUCAAGAUGAUUGAAGGUGAUUUCCAAGUAUUCGAAGGAAAAUGGUCCAUUGAACAGUUAAAUGUGGGGGCGUACGAGGAUUCCAGUCCUACUAAUGGCCAAGAAUUCCAGACGACACUUUCAUACAUAGUAGAUGUUAAGCCAAAGCUAUGGUUGCCAGUACGCCUUGUUGAAGGAAGACUUUGCAAUGAGAUAAUGAUGAAUCUCUCGUGCAUUCGAGAAGAAGCACGUAAAAUAAAUUCCAAGUCUCUGACUGCUCCAAUGGGUCAAGAGGAUUUUUUGUAAGUAUGACUCUGAGCAGAGUAAAAAGGCAAUGUUUAUUGAAGAGACAUCAUAUCAGGCAAUUCAAUUUUAUCUUGUGCUCUGAUCAGUCCUCCCAAAUGUGAAAGCACAUAGAUCCAAUUGUGAAUCUGUAAAGCUAACUAUGAUCUGGUUCAUAUGUGAUAUAAACUCUUACCGAUUCAAUGAAUCUACGUAAUACCCGCCUCCCUGUCCUGAAUGAUUUGCAUCAUUUUGUUACGAAAAAUGCUGCAACAACACUCUGGUAAUAGAUCAGCUGCUGGUAUAAUUUUGUGAGACAUCGCCUGAUAUGCUGAGCGUGCAAUGUAUAUUUUACGAAGCUUAAAGUUUGUCUUUGAAUUUUCAUCGAAGUUUCUGGUAUAGCUUCCACUUGUUCUUUGAUUC